AAAAAGAAACAAUACAAAAUAAUACAUCAUAGCUAUAGUUAUAGGGUAAACAGGUACCUCCAUCUUUACUUUCUAUUUUUCUUCUUCCCCUCUUGAUGCAAAAAUCCCUCAUGAUACAAAAACCCUCUCCUCCUACAAAACCACAAAAAUAUAUGCCAACAAUAUCAAAUACCACUUAAAAGCCCUAGAUCCUUUUUAAGGUAACCCCAUUCAUUAAUUACCCUUUUCCUAAAUUAGCUAUAAUCUCAUUGAGAUUUGACUGGUUUUGAACACCACAGGAACACUCCACCAAAUCAAAUCCACCCUCCAUAAAGAACCCAUUCCACCAUUUUUUCCGUUCUCUCUCUCUCUCUCUCUCUCUCUAGGUUUAGGGGAAUGCUGCAUGCAUUUUGAUGAUGGCUGAACAAGGAGGAAAUGGUACUAGCCGUGUGAUCAUGAGGGACUACAGGAAAGGGAACUGGACAGUGGGGGAGACAAUGAUUUUGAUAGAGGCAAAGAAGAUGGAUGAUGAGAGAAGAAUGAAGAGAACUGGUGGUGGGGAAGGUGGUAGUAGUGGUGGAGGAACUGAUCAAACAACAAGAUCAAUGAGCAAACCAGCUGAGCUGAGGUGGAAAUGGGUGGAGGACUACUGUUGGAAAAAAGGUUGUUUGAGAAACCAAAACCAGUGCAACGACAAGUGGGACAAUCUCAUGAGGGAUUACAAGAAAGUGAGAGAAUAUGAGAGGAAGAUUACUAAUGUGGGAAAAGGGAAAGGAGAAGAAGGUAGUGCAUCGUAUUGGAAGCUUGAGAAGAAUGAGAGGAAGGAGAGGAACUUGCCUACAAAUAUGGUGCCUCAGAUUUAUGAGGCUUUGGUGGAUGUGGUGGAGAGGAGAGAAGCUGCUGCUGCUGCUGCUGGUUAUCAGAUUAGAGGUCAUGAGGUGGUGGGAGGAGCCUCUGUUUCUGGUCCAAAUGUUGGGAUUAAUCCAAAUAUUGGGUAUGGUUUGGAGAGGCCUAUAAUUAAUACAACUAAUGUUCAUCAGCAGCCUUCUUCUUCACUGCCUUCUCCUCCAGUUUUGCAACAUCAUCAUCAUCAUCAAAUCUCAGUUCCAACAAUUGCGGCAUUGCCACUUCUUCCACCUGCUCCACUGGCAGCCCAACCACCACCUGCUCUCCCAUACGCACAGGUUAUGCCCACAGUAGAUUCCGAUACAAGUGAGCAUUCAGACUCGCCAGCUAAAAGGAGGAGGAGGGCAAGUGGAAGAGGUGGCGGUGGUGGUGAAGAUCAAGGAGGAACCAGUGGAACUGUGAGUGCAAGCAUCUCAAGUGAAGUGGGAACUGCCAUUGCCAGAGGUGCUUCCAUGAUUGCAGAAGCACUUCAGGGCUGUGAGGAGAGAGAAGAAAGGAGGCACAGAGAGAUGUUGAAUUUGCAUGAGAGAAGGCUACAGAUCGAGGAAACUAAGACUGAGAUCAACAGGCAAGGCAUUAAUGGCCUCACUGAUGCCACUAACAAGCUUGCAAAUUCCAUCCAUGCCUUGGCUUCCAACAAGAACCAACAGCCACCUCCAAAUUGAUAAUUAGAUUAUUAUUAUAAUCCUAAUUAAGAUGCUUUAAUAAUUUCUAUUUAUUUAUAUGAUCAUAAGAUAGAAAAAGAGAGAGGUAGAGAUCUCAUUGAUCACAUUUGGUUGAUUAAUGUACAUAAUUUAUAAACCCAUUUGUGUUUUGAGUUCAAGUUUUGGAUUCACUUA